GACGUGUGCGAGAGAGGGCUGAGUGCGGGAUGGACUGGGGUUCCUAAAUGUUUUAAACCGAGUGGGGUUUUUUCUCCCCCUCUCUCUCUCUCGCCUCACUUUGUUCUCAGAUUGAUUUUAGGGUUAUCGAGCACAGACUCGGUUCUUCCGUUUGCGGUAAAACGGGACAGACGUUUCGACGAUGGUUUCGCCAACGGGCAAGAUCGCCAGACUGAGUUCUGGCGUGGCGUCGCACAGAUAAUUCUCUUCCGAGGGUGACAUGGUGACACAUGUGAAUUGACAUCUGCUGGCAAGCGGGCUUGGGGGGACGGGCGCACCGGAGAGGAACAUGGACGGACGGAAGAGAUACGCGCUCCUGGCGCUCGUGUCCGCCGUCGCCUUGAAAGCGGCCCUGGCGGCGACUCCUGCUCCCCGCGGCGUCGGCGGCGCGCACAACCAGACUGUGUCGGGGACGGGCUCUGUCCCCUUCCUGCUCUCCACGAUUAGCCAGAUCAUCGCCAGGGAAGGAAACAGCGUCCUCAUAGACUGCAAUGCAACCGGAGACCCCCUCCCACGUUUUCAGUGGUACAACUCCAAUGGCAACUUGUUGGACACGGAAGCGAGCGGUGGAAAGUGGUGGAUUUUGGACAGCGGUGUUCUGAACAUCACUAGCAUCACGUUUGCAGACCGUGGGAAGUACACCUGCAUGGCUUCCAACAUCCACGGCAGUGUGAACUAUACCGUGACCCUGAGGGUGGUGUUCACCAACGGGGACAUGGGCGUGUAUUACAUGAUCGUAUGCCUGGUGGCCUUCACCAUCGUCAUGAUCCUGAACAUCACCCGGCUCUGCAUGAUGAGCAGCCACCUGAAGAAGACGGAGAAGGCCAUCAACGAUUUCUUCAGGACGGAGGGCGCCGAGAAGCUGCAGAAGGCCUUCGAGAUCGCCAAGCGCAUCCCCAUCAUCACCUCGGCCAAAACGCUGGAGCUGGCCAAGGUCACCCAGUUCAAGACCAUGGAGUUCGCCCGCUACAUCGAGGAGCUGGCCCGCAGCGUGCCGCUGCCGCCGCUCAUCAUGACCUGCCGGACCUUCAUGGAGGAGAUCCUGGAGGUGGUGGGGGUGGAGGAGCAGAGGCACACCUUCGUCCAGCAGGCCCCCGAGGGCUCUGAGGCGGGGGGGGGCGGCAGCGGCGGCGGCGACGGUUCGGGGGGCGAGGCGGACGUCUACACCAUCCCCAGCAGCCUGCUGCGGCGCGAGUCUGCCGCCGCCGCCGCUGCCGCCGACUCCGACGACGGCUCCCUGCAAGAGCAGCCGCGGCACAUCGCCAUCGAAGUGUCGGUGCACCCGCUGUCAAGCCAGGACGCGGCGUACGAGAUCCCGGCCGACACCGAACUGCCACCGGAGCCAGCGGAGUCGCCCGAACCCCAGCCGAGCACCCAGGACGACGGGAGCGAGCUCUCCGAGGAGGAGAAAGACAAUCCGAGUCCAGUGAUAUACGAAAGCCAUGUCUAACGUUGAAAUCGAAUAGUAAUUUCCUAUGCAUUUCCAAAAAAUGCAAUGCAAGUUAGCAACUGUUUUCAGUUUGUUUUUUCCAGGCCAGAGGGCUUGGGAAAAAGCACUACUCCAAUUAGAACUAUUCCCCUGCCGCUACGCCUUACAUGAUAAAUAUUCUAUUUAAAACACAAAAGUGUCUAGAAAGUAUAUUUAUUUUUCUGUUUGCUGACUUUAAACCAAUUUCUUGCCUCCGUUUCUUGUCCCUUUUGCUUUUUUGCUUCCUUUUAGCUGCUAUCACACGUUUAGAGAGCUUCCUCUCGCGUUUCCUGGGAUAGGAGAUGGGGGACACAAAAAGUGUUUUUGCAGACCUAAACAAUCCUUUUCUCCUUGUAUUGCAUUAAUGUGAGUCAGGGGUGACAUUCCGGAUUAUUCCGCUGAAUUAACGCCCAGGAGGCAGCUCUUUCAUAGCCAAGUAAAGUUUAUUUGUUGUUACCAAGUUAAUUUUGAAAUAAAGCAUAGUGCUUUAGUUCACA